AUGGCUUCCAUAGCGAAGCUCGCGUCGGCGUCAAGCCGCAUUACUCUCCUCGCCGGUUUCAUCGCCGUCUCUGCUCUGAUGCCUUCUGGGUGCUGGGCUCAGAGCACCAUGAACACGACGUUCCACAGCAACUUCCUCGAAGGCGACAUCCGCGUCGUCGUGGGACCCAACCGUAACCAGAUCCGCGUGCAGGCCUACAUGCCAGACUGGGCUAAGGCGGUCACACCCAAGCAAGAAUACAUUGUGGAGACUUACCUUUUCCCAUCCAACAACGGCACCACCGUGACGGAGCAGCAGGCCAUCCCCGCAAACCUCGCCCAGAUUGGCAGUGAAUGCACAGAGACGGACAAUGGGAAGCUUCGCGGAUACAUCUGCUCCACGGACGAGGGAGCUGACGUCACGGUGGCGCAGGCGUUUGGGAGUCCGCCGGUGGUGAAUGGCGGCGGGACGUCGGUGGGGUUUCUCUACACGGAGAUGUUUGUGCGCCAGCCCGCUGGCUCCACCAUGCGCCUCCCCUCCGUCCGUGUCGAUCCCCUGGCCAUGAAGGGAAUCGGGUACAUCAUGGUGCCAUCCAAGGGACCCGCUCCUCUCCCUGGGACCUUUGACGCCAUGCCCUUUAUCGCAGGCAAUGACAGCAAGGCGUCGCUCGCAACUACCCCGUUCAGCAGCAACACAGUGCAGACAGUCGCACCCACCGCCUUCCCUGGCCUCUCCAUGAGCGCUCCGGCCAACCAGUCGCUCACUCUCAAUGCCACCAUCAUUCCCCCGGCUGCCGCUGGUGCUGCUGCUGGUGCUGCUCCGUCCUCAUACAACAUCUCCCUCUACAUCAGCAAGGACGCGCUCCCGGUACGUCUUUCUCUCUCUCGAGGUGAGUUCUGA